GAAUAACACAGCAUUUAGGCUCACAUAGGUUGGGCUCCAAAACACACACACACGCACACACACACACACGCACACCUCUGCACGGUCAGAGGGAGGCGGAUCUCGGAGUAGACUCCAGGACUUCCUCAGCAAAGAGAGCGGAGCCGACAGCGCAAUCAUGGAUGAUUCUGCUCCACGUCCUGGUUGCUCUAUGUUUGCGUGGCUGGUGGGAGCGUCACAGGUGCUGGGUUUGACGUCUGUGGUGCUGACCGGUGUGUGGAUGGGUCACUACCGCGGGGGCUUCGCCUGGGACGGCUCAGCGCGGGAGUUCAACCUGCACCCUCUGUGCAUGGUGCUGGGCAUGGUCUUCCUGCAAGGCGACGCCAUCCUGGUCUACAGAGUCUUUCGGAAUGAGGCAAAGAGGAACGUAAAGCUGCUACACGGCAUCAUUCACCUGCUCGCCCUCGUCAUCAGCAUCAUAGGUUUUGUAGCUGUGUUUGACUUCCACAGAGCAGCAAAGAUUCCAGACAUGUACUCUCUACACAGCUGGUGCGGAAUGGCUACCUUAGUCUUAUUCUGCUUACAGUGGGUGAUGGGUUUACUGUUCUUCCUAUUUCCCGUUGCAUCGUCGUGGUUACGAGCCUCAUACCUCCCCAUCCAUGUGUUCUCCGGUCUGGUUCUGCUGGUUAUGGCCAUAGGAAGCAGCCUGCUUGGCAUCACGGAGAAACUCCUCUUCAGCAUCAUGCCGACCUACUCUGGGUUCGCCCCUGAGGGGGUCCUGGCCAACAUCUUGGGGAUCCUGCUGGUGUGUUUCGGGGUGCUGCUGGGCUACUUGAUCACCAGGGAGGAGUACAGACGUCCGCCAAACCCAGAGGAAGAGUCUUUGUCUGUCCACUUCAAGACCCUGACUGAGGGGGGGUCACCCACCACGCCCUGACCCCUCAGUGUGACGCCUCACUCCCUCCCCCUCACCUGGACCCCAAACAUUGUCCUGCCAACAGACUAGCUGCGCCACCGGUCUCUGUUAAUACUUAGUUACAAAGGCAUCCGUUUAAACACAAAUGGCCGUGAUCGCUGUCAGAAAAGAGACAAAAGUUUAGGUUUAGUUCAGUGAAAUCAAUAAAAUGAUGGACAGGAAGCUUUAAUUAUCGUCUCUCUCCCGUUAUCAUGCCAACCUGAACCAUUUGAUUCAGAUUACUGAACAGACAACUUUCACCCCAAAUUUAUUUACCCGACCUAACUGAACCUGACUGGUGCUGCCAAACUUGAGAGCCAAACCUGACCCCAGGCUUUAUUUUUUGCUUUAUUUCACUUGCCACACGAUAUUGGCUACACUCUCAGUGUCUUUAUCGCUCCCCCACUGGGCACUGGGAGAGAAAGAAGGAAACAUCGGAAUUGAUUGCAUUUGAAAACAAUCAAACCCUUAACUAAACCAAGACUAAAGCUUUACGCAACAGAAAAGGCUCGAACCCGACCCGCAACCCGAGACUUUAUUGUAGCCAUCAGGUCAGGUUAUCAGAAUUCUACUUGGACAGUGCAGUCCUGCAUAGGCCUACAGGCCAGAUGUUGGCACUAGAAAUGUCCAGAGUGGGUGUCUGGGAUGAUCUGGGCAUAUUUUAAUAGAUCGGUAUUGGCUAAAAUAAAAUCCAUCAAAUUCCGAUGCUUUCUUUACUGUGCUCUACUGGGUUUUGUCCACGUCAGACUGCUAGUGUUGCUAAGUGCGUGAAUGUGAAAAAUGAUUUGGGCCGCACUGAUGCGAGUGAUUCUGAGUUCUGAAACCUGGAUUUGCAAAACACACGGAUUCGCUAAAUUCUGACGCCGAGUCUGUUAUCUUUCCUCUCUCUUUCUCAUUAGCAAACAGCAGCGUACAAAGCGUUCAGGUAGCAGCUUCUAAUUUUUAGCCGGCACUGACCGUCGCUUUCGCCAGUUAAAACCGACAAACGGCGCAGGUGGCAGGUCGUAUCAGCUGUCACUCAUUAACAUUCAUUCCACGAGUAACUUGGUGACAAGCCAAAAUGAAACUUGGUUGUUGUCGGGUUCGUGUGUCUGUACUCAGCCAAAGGUCAUUUGUGAGGGACGAAGCUCCACACUGUAACAUCACUGUGCAAUCAGAGGGGGCUGAUACGUCUUCUCCAGUAAAACAAUCUAGCUGAUCGCGUCAGGAGUCAGCAUUCUCCCAGUUAAACUGUCAUUCAUAUCGUAUCAAUAAUUUAAGCCGAUCAGUUUAAUAGUUUAAAUCCAGGACCUUCAGUAUUGGGAACAAGUAGCUUGUGAAAAAUUAGGUCUGCCAAAUUUAGUAUUCUACACCUGUUAUUCCAGUGUGCUGCAUACGUAACGAAUCAACAUUGCAUAUUUUUUUCUGCUAUAUAUAUAAUUAUUUUUACUAUACAUAUUGAGCAACCUUGGUACAAACAUUUCUUUUUCAGUUACGUCCCUAGUUGGCUAUAUUACAGUUCGGCUCUGUUACACACCAAAGGCAGAACUGAUACUAAACAUUGUGCUCACAUUUGGCCAUCUCCUAUAUAGGCAUUCCAUUUGGAACCACCCAUGUCUGCCAGCUUGAUUUUCACCAAUUUGGAUUAAUCACCGAGCAUAAUAAAUAAAAUUUAAAAAAAAAAUUAUUUUAUGGACAAAGGAGGAGGAGGACAAAAGCUUUAAUGUCUGAAAAAUAAUAAUACUGUCUAUACUCCAUAAUUAGUAACGAGCUGUAAACUUUUAAAAGUCACAUUGUAGAAGGUUAAGCUUUUGUGAAAAUGAUUUACAUCACACUACUUUUGCAGGUCGCAACACUAUAAAUUGCACAAGAAGUCUGUCCUUUUAUCUGACGUCCUACAGGAUCUGUCCCAGAUCCAAGUGGCGAGAAUCCCAGUCAGUACAGUUUGUCCACAAAAUAUAUUGCAUAAACAAGUAUUCCAUUUGUCCAUUAGUACGCUGUUUGUAUUUAAAUGGACUGUCAUGAAAAAAAUAUAUGUUCAGUGUAUUAAGAUGAAUCUUAUUAGAGUUUUGGUUACAUGAUGCAUUUUUACCUAAAGCUGUUCAAUUCAUAUCUUUGAACGUGAUUAACCAAAUUACAUACAUGUAGCUACAGUUUUUUUUGUUUUUUUGCCUUGACUUCAGGACUCAGCACUAGUGCCUAAUACAAAGCUUUAACAGAAAAUGCGCAUUAGUGGAUGUUGUUUGUGUUUACAUGUCUUGACAGUGUCAUCUUUCAAAAGGAAGUCUUAAUCUCACUGGGACAACCUUAAAUAAACAAACACGCAAAAGAA